AGCACUGCCGAGUGUAAUUAUAAACAAAAGAUGUCAACAUCGUCAUAGAAAAAAAACAAAGUAAAUUUUUGCAGCAGAAAUUUUCUAAAAAAUAUAUUUACUUUGUGCUAAAAUGGAAAACGAUGAGCCAGCGGAUGAACGUUUGGAAGAAUCCUCAAACCAGCCCGCCAUUGCUCAGCCCGAGUCAACAGAACGCGAUCCUGGACACAGUCAACGCAUGAACCGGAUGCGAUUUGUGCAGCCAUCGAUCCAGCAGCAGGAUGAUGAUUCCGAUCUCGACGCUGGCGGAAAUCCAGGUUUAGAUGUGCAUGUGAACCCUUCACCGGCCGUGGAAGAAAACGUGAGUGCCAACCCUGCCGCCGGGGAAGCAGCCCAGGAUGCGGAUUCCGACAUGAGCAUUGUAGAUGGUGGUGGUGGUGGUGAUUCUUCCUCGGAGAAUGGAAUGGAUGAACGGUCCAGCAAUUCGUCGGAAAACGGGCUGGACGAUUCAGACGCGGACCGACUGUUCGACGAUUAUAUUCAAAACCGCGAACAGCAGCAAUCGACUGAGGCGGAGAUUUACAAUACAGAACUUCCAACGGAGCAUGCGUACCUUGGUAAGUUGGAGCGAGUCGAAGGAGUUGACUAUUUGGAACCGGGGAAAACUUAUUGUCUUCCGGUCUACAGCCACCAUUCGAUUGUUUUCCCGGGGGAGAUCGUGCCAAUGAUCCUCAACGCGGCAUCCCUAAACUACGAUGAUCAAUCCGAUGGCGUAAAGUUUGGUUUACUAUUUAGGACUACUUUUCCGGACAACUACAUCUACGGGGUCACGUGUCAAGUCUUCGAGAGAGGCGAACGGGACCUCAACGGAUCCAUUAUACUAAAAACAGUAGCUCAGCAAAGGUUCCACGUCGUUCGCCAGGUCCCAAAUAGAAGGGCCGAGAUCAAAAUACUGCCGGAGAUAAUCCUCCCGGAUCCAUUGCUGAGCAGCUGUUCGAAUCUGAUGAAACGGUAUGCAGUCAGCAAUAGCAAAACAUACUCGCAGAGAUUCAAGUCUUUUGUUUCCCAUGCAAUGACAUGGCCGAAGUUCGUCUACGAUUUCUACGGCACGGAAGAUGUCCUGACAAAGGUAGAUCGCUACCUUGCAUUUCUCAAGAUAACUAGCGUACCAAGCGAUCCGGUUAAGUUGUCCUUCUGGCUGGCCCGGAACAUACCGAUCGACGAACGCGAUCGUAAGUUGAUCUACCAGGCUGAUGCCGUGAUCAGCAGAAUGUUGGUGAUCAACAAAUCACUGGACCAUAUGUGCUACUUUAUGUGUAAACGAUGCGAAAACGAAAUCGGGAGCUAUAACGAUAUCUUUGCCAUGAAUAAACAAGGGGUGCAAACAAGCUAUUGUAACCCGUCCGGAUAUGUGCAUGAAACCCUGACUAUUUAUAAGACUAAAGAAAAUUCGACUUUCACAGUGGAUCGACCAUCGACGGAGUUCAGCUGGUUCCCUGGAUACUCGUGGCAGAUUACGCUUUGCGCCAACUGUCGGCAACAUUUAGGAUGGAAGUUUGUGGCCACCAGGAAUAAUUAUCUGCCGAAAAGUUUCUACGGGUUGUCGGGAAACAACAUCAAGGUGAAAUCGGUUAACGAAUCCAGUGCGUCCCGUAGCAAUGACAAUGACAUUGAAACCGAUCACAAUGACAUUGAUAGCGAGGAACGGGAAGAUAGGCAACAAAUGCAGGCCCAGCAUCAGCGACGGAUACAACUGAGACGGCAACGACGCCGCCAGCUGCUUGCGGCUCAAGGCGGUUUAGGUGGGGGAGGAUUGUUGACCGAUGACGACGAUGAUAGUGAUGGUGACAUUGUGUACCAGGUGAUCGAUUUCAGUCGCCGGGUGGUCAACGCCAAUGCCGAUGCUGCCGUGCAAGCCGAUGCCCCAGUUUUGAUGUUGGAGCGAAUUGACGAUGAAGAAACAGAAGAGGGCGCUGAUAAUGACGACGGAGACGUUGACGAUGGACAGGAUGAAGAGCGAUUUCAGGAUGCGAGGGAGUAAGGGGCCCAAUCGGGGUGGUUCGUUCCGAGGAGAUAAAUAUGCUUUUUGUUCGUCGAGCUUUUGUCUAUGCUAGGACUGAGGAGUAAAUAGUUUUCGGUUGUUCUAAUGCUGUAUUCGUACCGUGCUGUUUGUUUAAAUAAAUAAUAGAAAUUAUGCUAA